GAAUCUCCCAAAUGUUUUUCCUCUCUUUCCCGCAUUCCACGUCUAAUGCCACUAAUCACUUCCAAUACCUCAUUGCCACGUACGAAGUAACUCAUCCUUGCCGUUGGAUCAUCCAACCUGGCAUCCCCUAACCAAUCAGAAAGCAGGACCUCGUGGCAGGCCGCCCAAUCUCGUUAACUCUGUAUCAAAUCAAACACUACUAUUAUAAAACUUUCUCAUAGUGACGCGCUGCAAAUCGGGAAACAUUUGUUGUAGUUAAAUUUACUCAAAUUGCCACUGAGGAGUGGAGAGCGCAAAAACGACGAUGAAGAAGUGGACGGUUCCUGCCGUUUUGUUCUUGCUGUGUCUUCUGUUCCUUUUCCCCGAUCAAGGGAGGAAAAUACACGCUAAUGCGGAAGGUGAUUCGGAUGCGCCGGUGGAUCCGCCUAAGGUAGAGGAGAAGAUCGCUGGAAUACCUAGUGGUUUAUCUACAGACUCCGAUGUCGUCAAGAGGUAAGUUUAUUGGUGGAAUUAGCUUACUCUGAUUGGAAAUUAUGGGGGUAUGAAGGUUUUAAAACUUUUGUUCGGUGAAUUGGUGAUGAUGCAGGGAAGCGGAGUCCAUGUCCAGGAGGAACCUCCGAGCUGAUGCGGAGAAAUUUGAGUUCCAGGCUGAAGUUUCUCGACUAAUGGACAUUAUCAUCAACUCCCUUUACAGUAAUAAGGACAUUUUCUUGAGGGAAUUAAUUUCCAAUGCUUCUGAUGCUUUGGACAAGAUUAGAUUCCUUGCACUCACUGAUAAGGAAGUAUUGGGUGAAGGUGACAAUGCCAAGCUUGAAAUUCAGAUUAAGUUGGACAAAGAGAAGAAAAUUCUGUCAAUUCGUGAUAGAGGUAUAGGUAUGACAAAGGAGGAUUUGAUAAAAAAUUUGGGAACCAUUGCCAAAUCUGGAACUUCAGCUUUUGUGGAGAAAAUGCAGAGCAGCGGUGAUCUGAAUCUCAUCGGUCAGUUUGGUGUUGGGUUUUAUUCUGUAUACCUGGUUGCUGACUAUGUUGAAGUCAUUAGCAAGCACAAUGAUGACAAACAGUAUGUCUGGGAAUCCAAGGCUGACGGUGCAUUUGCUAUCUCUGAAGAUACCUGGAAUGAACCACUUGGUCGUGGAACAGAAAUCAGGUUGCACCUCCGAGAUGAAGCUCAAGAAUAUUUAGAUGAAUUCAAAUUGAAGGAUUUGGUGAAGAAGUAUUCUGAAUUCAUUAAUUUCCCAAUCUACCUGUGGGCAAGCAAAGAAGUUGAUGUAGAAGUUCCUGCUGAUGAUGAUGAGUCCAGUGAUGAUGAAGAAGAAAAAUCUGAUAGCAGCUCCUCAGAGGAGGAAGAAGUAGAUGCUGACAAGGACGAAGAAGAGAAAAAACCCAAGACUAAAACAAUCAAAGAGACAACUUAUGAAUGGGAACUUUUGAAUGAUAUGAAAGCCAUAUGGUUAAGAAAUCCUAAGGAGGUUACUGAUGAAGAGUACACUAAAUUCUAUCACUCUCUAGCCAAGGAUUUUGGUGAAGAGAAGCCCAUGGCAUGGAGUCAUUUUACUGCUGAGGGUGAUGUUGAAUUCAAGGCUGUUCUUUUUGUUCCUCCAAAGGCACCUCAUGAUUUGUAUGAGAGUUACUACAACUCGAACAAAUCCAACUUGAAGUUGUAUGUUAGAAGGGUAUUUAUCUCUGACGAAUUUGAUGAGCUUUUACCGAAGUAUCUUAGCUUUUUGAAGGGUCUUGUUGAUUCUGAUACCUUACCGCUUAAUGUAUCAAGAGAAAUGCUUCAGCAACAUAGUAGCUUAAAGACCAUAAAGAAGAAGCUUAUCAGAAAGGCCCUUGAUAUGAUUCGUAAGCUUGCUGAAGAAGACCCUGAUGAAGCUACCGAAAAGAAAGAUGUUGAAGAAUCAAAGGAAAAUGAUGAAAAGAAGGGUCAAUACACCAAGUUCUGGAACGAAUUUGGCAAGUCAAUUAAGCUUGGUAUAAUCGAAGAUGCUACCAACAGAAACCGCUUGGCAAAACUUCUCAGAUUUGAGACCUCGAAGUCAGAUGGUAAACUAACCUCACUGGAUCAAUACAUCUCAAGAAUGAAAUCAGGACAGAAAGACAUCUUCUACAUUACUGGCUCAAGCAAAGAACAAUUAGAGAAAUCUCCAUUCCUUGAGAGACUUACCAAGAAAAAUUUUGAGGUUAUUUUCUUUACUGAUCCCGUUGAUGAGUACCUGAUGCAAUAUCUGAUGGACUAUGAAGAUAAGAAAUUCCAAAAUGUGUCUAAAGAGGGGCUGAAGCUUGGAAAGGAGCCUAAGGACAAGGAGCUCAAAGAGUCAUUUAAGGAAUUGACCAAAUGGUGGAAGGGUGUUCUUGCCGUUGAGAAUGUUGAUGAUGUGAAGAUAAGCAAUCGUUUGGCAGACACACCAUGUGUGGUUGUCACAUCAAAGUAUGGUUGGAGUGCAAACAUGGAGAGAAUAAUGCAGUCACAAACCCUAUCAGAUGCUAGCAAACAGGCAUACAUGAAGGGCAAGAGGGUGUUAGAAAUCAACCCAAGGCACCCGAUCAUUAAGGAGCUACGCGAGAGAGUUGUUAAAGAUGCCGAAGUAAUUCUUUUUCCUCUUUGCAUUACACUAUUUGUGCUCAUCGCUCUUUGUUAUCAUGAUUUGCCUUAUGGUGUAGUUGCCUGACAUAAAUUUUGUUAUUCUAAUUGUAGGAUGAGAGUGUGAAGCAAACAGCACGCCUUAUGUACCAGACAGCAUUGAUGGAGAGUGGUUUCAUCCUCAAUGACCCCAAGGAGUUUGCCAACAGUAUCUACGACUCAGUGAAAAGCAGCCUGAAAAUCAGCCCCGAUGCAACUGUUGAAGAGGAAGAUGAUGUUGAAGAGCCGGAAUCCAGCACAGAGGAAGCAUCAUCAUCUGAAGGAGAAUCUGAUGAGCCUUCUGAUCUCAGGGAUGAAUUGUAGGUUGUUGGCAGGAUUUCGUUUUUUACUUGUCCUUCCAAGAGUUUUUAACGUAUUGUAACAGAGCUAAAGUUAUUAGAGCAGAGCAGGGAGGAUCUGAAGCUUAGUAGGUUUCAUUUAUAACAUAAUUACCAGGAAUUUUGUCUUUUUCAUUUUUCUUUCUUUGUGAAUUAACAAGGUCAAAAGUCCUGUGUUGAUCCAUGUAAGAGGACGAUGUUUUGCCCGAGCUUCCCUAGUUUUGUCAUAGUUAAUGUUUCUUGGAAGUAGUUCGUUUAUUCUCAUUGAAUAGAAACCUCAAAUCACAACAUUUGUUCGAACAUAGAUUCAAGUAUAUGGAAGAAACUUUCGUCCCGUCCUGCUUAAAAUCAGACCUCAAGUAUAUGGAAGUAUUCAGGUACUUGAAUGUACUUCCCAAUAAAAAGAGAAAAUAAGCAUUCAAUUUUUAGAAUGAAUGUAAC